AUGCGUUUUUCAGUUGACCGGUUUCUAGUUUUUCUGUUUUUGAGGAAGUUUUGCACAAUAUUGAAGUUUCCCUGAUCUAUCCGCUUUCACAAUGGGGGAGAACAAUUACCUCUCGGCGUACAAGAUGAUAAACUCCCAAGUGGUUUUAAAUAAUCAAAAAUUAAAGGAAGAAAUUAAGGACAAAAUCGAAAUGAUAAAUGAACUAAACGAACAGCUUUUUAAAUAUCGCGAAGAAAACAAGACGUUACGUGAAAUGGUGCAGAAGCUGUUGGAGCAGUUCAGGACGAUAACAACAAUAAUGGUAUCUGUGCGAGACCAGAGUGAAUCAGUGUUCAAUGUCGUUUAUAACGAACACGCUGUGAAAGAAACCGAACAGCAAAUGAGAAAACCACUGGCUGGUCUCUUUUACGAACGGCGUCGCAUGGAAUGUCCACCUCAUAUCGAUGAAUCAGCUAUUCCGGAGGCUGAAGACGAGAACCGUUCAAUGGAAGACUACCGGACAGCUGUUAGUAUAGUGAAUGAAGACGAAGAAUUACCAGAAGAACUUGGGAACAAUUUUGUUCCUCCUAAGAGCCCCUUGUUGAAACGGUUGGAGCGGAAAUCACGGAACCGUAGUAUAGACGAAUCGUUUGAAACGAUAGAUACGAACCAGGUUGUGAAGGUUGCCCGCAAAAGUCAAGAAUAUUUACAUGGACGUGAUUCCCGGGAAAGUAAGCACAGUGAUGAUGAAAAUAUGAAUAAAUCAUCUGUUUCGGAACCCAUGGAUAUCAGCCAGAUUGCCGAUUUACCACAGAUUUCAUUGGAGGAAGCUUCAUCCAAUAAAGUAGAAGUGCUAGAUCAAAGCUCAACAAUUCGCAAUGACUCCGCUUCUGAUUUUCCAAGUGACCACAGUGUACAAAGUGAGCUUAACCCUGCUACAGACCAGAGUCUUCGUCCUGCUCAGAUAAAACGUAUGGCAAGUGAUUCCAUGCUCAACACUCUGAUUGAACACGAUGCUAACAAGGAGAAUACCAGUACCAACGACACGAUCGCUAAUGCGUCAUGCUCGACUCCACUUGCCAAAAGUCGUCGUUUCACUCGGAUAAAGGCACAAAUGCUUUCACCUACGUCGCCGGUACCAUUAGUAUCAUUGAAACCAUUAACAAAAGAAAAUCUUAGUCGGCACAAUAUUUCGUUCGAUUUACUCCAUUUAAAAGCGAACAAAAGUCUGAAGCAGGAAGAUUUAGAUCGCAGCGAACAAGGAAGUAUGGAAUCAAAUGACUCUAGAAGGCCACGGAGAAAAGCUGCACCGAAAGUACUAAUGGAACCGAAAAUAAACACGAAACUUCGUCGAACGUAGUAGCAAUAGUUUACGUACAUUUAUACUGGUUGACAUUUUAGUGUAGUUUAAUUGCUAGAGUGAGGCAAAACAUAAGCUAGUUUGAGUUAAUCGCGUUCGCAAAUGCAGAUUUUACACGUGUAGGAGUGCGAAUUUAUGUAUGACUUAUUGUAAAUUUUGGCUUCACAAAGAACUGAAACAACAAUUCUGUUUUCAUUUUAUGUUUAUUGUA